AUGGGUAUCGAUCUUGACAACCACCACGUGCGCAACACUCACCGUAAGACGCCAAAGAGUGACAAUGUUUACCUUAAGUUGCUGGUAAAGCUUUACAGCUUCUUGUCUCGCCGAACUGAGUCUUCCUUCAACAAGGUCGUCCUCCGCAGACUUUUUAUGUCCCGCAUCAACAGACCUCCCGUCUCCAUCUCCGCAAUUGCCUCCCAAACCAACAAGGAGGAGAAGAGAACCGUUGUCAUCGUUGCCACCGUCACCGAUGACAACCGUCUUUUGACCGUCCCAAAGGUCAGCGUUGCAGCCCUCCGCUUCACCGCUACCGCCCGUGCCCGCAUUCUUGCUGCCGGUGGUGAGGCUUUGACUUUGGAUCAAUUGGCUCUCAGAUCCCCAACUGGAAGCAACACCGUUCUCCUUAGAGGACCAAAGAACUCCAGAGAGGCUUUCAAGCAUUUCGGUUUCGGACCACACAAGCACAAGAAACCAUACGUCGAAUCCAAGGGACGCAAGUUCGAGAAGGCCCGUGGACGCAGAGCGUCCAGAGGUUUCAAGGUUUAA